UAUUCCCGCAGCCGUCACCCCGCCAGAGGGUGUGGCUGACCGGGGCCGGGGCUCGGAACAAGGACGAGGAACGUCGUUUUUAGGCUCGCCGUGAUAGCAUUGACGAAUUCGGCGGCGGGCGAAAAAAAAAUGCUUAUGUUAUCAUUCAUGAGCUCGUCUCGUCUACUUAACUCGAGUGAGAGGCGGAAGCUCGGCUGCUAGCGAUCGUUAGCUCGUCUUUUAGCACUCGGGCUACCUCCAAAAGAGCCUCCGAACGCCGAGUUGAAAUCACUUUUAUUCGGCGGCUUCCUGACUCAUUUCACGUUAAGCGGAACGACGUCUUACGAAGUCACGACAGGGCAAACGCUGCCGCAGUUAGCGCGCAUGCUAACUCGUUGAGAAAGUCCACGUUUAGGCGCGACAACUGUUGAUAAAGUCGACCACGCCACAAUACUUUUUGGGAGAUGGAAUCCAUACGUCCCUUUUACCAAGCCUCUUCGAAACUAGCAAAAACUCGGCGGUAAACCGAUAAAAAUGAUAAAUACGCGUCUGGAAAGUGUAAACACCAAAGAGGCUGGCUAAAUGCUGAAACACGUAGUCUUUAUUGUGACAAAAUAGAUAAUUUAAUGAUAAUUAUGACCCACAGUCAUCAUCGGUUACAUCCUAAAAUCAUCCUACUACUUGUUUAAUUAUUUUUAAGUAAGCCUACGCAGUCCCAGAACGUACUUUUGACAUAAAAAUCGUUCGUAAUAUGUGAUUAUAUUUACGUACAUGUCCAUAAUUAUAUGCAUAAUAAAGUUUCCUAAAGUGCGAUGUUAUUGUGCUAAAGUACUAGAUGUAACACUUGAAUGUUCAAGAGUGCGAAACAUCAUUUUUCUGUAAUUUGAAGUAUACUGUUUAAACAAACUGUGUGCCGCCGCCCCCCCCCCUCAAAAAACAAAACUUAAAUAUGUGAUUUGGAACACUGACGUUAUAUUAUAGAUAUUUAUAAAGAUGCAGCAGUUAUGAAUUGUCUUCCAAAGCAUGAAUUGUAAUUACAUUGUUGCAAAGCUUGCAUGCAACCUUUCAUCACUGGAUCUGAUAUAAUCAAACAUGUUGUUACCCAAAUAUCAUAAUUACACAUUUUUGGGGAAAACAGGGGGGGGGAAAAACAAUAACUACUACUGUUCCUUCUCCAUUUGUCUUAAUUCAACAUUGGUGGAUAAUGAGCUGCAUGACUGAAAAUCUAAGCAGACAAAAAAAAUUUUCGUAAGCACAUUAUUACUUCUAAAACCAACGAUGCAAAGCACCUUGAGAUUUAUAGUUUAUGAAAAGCUGUAAAUAAAGUUGAUUUGCUGUUCUGGGGAUAAAUAUGACUGAUGAGGGUAACUAUGCUAUUGGUAGAAAAAGCGUAUAUUCAAUUUACAUUUGAAUACUGUGAAAAAAAUCACCAUUAAUUCUCAGUUUUUGUUGGAAAAAAAUAUUUAGUCACAUUAAAUGAAUCAAAAUAUGAUACUUUGAAAACAUUGUUAAUCUUCAUUCAAUGUGUGGUAAGGACUGGACUCCCUUUGCACUAUAGCAUCGAGGCAACCCGUCUGGGAGUGAUGGAAGCCCAUAAAUAUCUAUUUCCAAACAGAUCCUCAGUAGAAAGAAUCUCAAAGUCCCCGAAAAUAUUCUAUUCCACGGUUACUUUAUAUUUAGGAAAGCAGCGUUUCCAACACUUGCACUGGACAUGGCCAAAUCAUGACUGACCGACUGGACCUUAAGAUGCUUGGGUCCAGUUCUUCAGUAGGCUUCCUCCGAAUCCUUGGAGCUUAAUUGCCGAAUGAAAGACACUCUUUACUUUCAUCGUAAAAGAGGACUUUGGAUCACUGGCCGACAGUCCGGUCCUUCUUCUCCUGAGCUCAGUCGCCUGAAGCAUGCUCUUGGCGCAGCUCAACCGGGACUCCCAGGGAAUGACGGAGUUCCACGACGCCGGCGGGCAGCCGGUCACGCUCUGCCUGACCGAGGCAGUGACUGUGGCGGAUGGUGAUCAGAUGGACACCAUGGACACGGUGAGCCUGCAGGCCGUCACCCUGGUCGACGGCUCCACCGCCUACAUCCAGCGCGAAGCCAAGCCGGCUUUUUCUGACGCUCAAAUCAUGGACGGCCAGGUGAUCCAACUGGAGGAUGGCUCGGCCGCCUACGUCCAGCACGUGUCCAUGCCCAAAGCAGGAGGAGACAGUUUGCAGCUGGAAGAUGGACAAGCGGUUCAACUUGAAGAUGGAACAACAGCCUUCAUACACACCCCCAAAGAAACGUACGAGCAAGGCAGCCUGCAGGAGGUGCAGCUGGAGGACGGCAGCACGGCGUACAUCCAGCACACGGUGCACAUGCCACAGCCCAACACCAUCCUGGCUAUCCAGGCCGACGGAACCAUCUCUGACCUGCAGGCCGAGGCCACUGCCAUCGACCCCGAAACCAUCAGCGUGCUGGAGCAGUACACCACCAAGGUGGAGAACAUCGAGAACCCUUUGGUUCCCUUUGGAACAGUGGAGGCAGACAAUGGGGUUCACAUGCGGAUUGUGCUCCAGGGUCAGGAAAAUAGAACGGCGAGGGUGGCCAACGUCAGCGAGAAGUCAUUCCGGUGUGAACACGAGGACUGUGGAAAAUUGUACACCACCGCGCACCAUCUCAAGGUGCAUGAGCGCUCGCACACUGGAGACAAGCCGUACAUAUGUGACUAUCCGGGAUGUGGGAAGAAGUUUGCAACAGGAUAUGGACUGAAGAGUCACUCAAGGACGCACACUGGCGAGAAGCCCUAUCGAUGCCAGGAGCUCAACUGCUGCAAGUCCUUCAAAACCUCGGGAGAUCUUCAGAAGCACACGCGGACACACACGGGAGAGAAGCCGUUCAAGUGUCCAGUGGAGGGCUGCGGCCGGUCCUUUACCACCUCCAACAUCCGCAAAGUGCACAUCCGCACGCACACGGGCGAGCGUCCGUACUACUGCGCUGAACCCAACUGCGGCCGCUCCUUCGCCAGCGCCACCAACUAUAAGAACCACAUGAGGAUCCACACCGGGGAGAAGCCAUACGUGUGCACCGUGCCCGGCUGCGAGAAGCGAUUCACAGAGUACUCAAGCCUCUACAAGCAUCAUGUGGUGCACACCCCGUGCAAGCCGUACAACUGCAACCACUGCGGCAAAACCUAUAAGCAAAUCUCCACGCUGGCUAUGCACAAGCGUACCGCACACAAUGACACGGAACCCAUUGAGGAGGAGCAGGAGGCCUACUUUGAGCCGCCCACAGAUGCCAUCGACGACCCCAAUGUGAGCUACUCAACAGCGACGGCACCAGGGCCGGGGGCAGAGGGAGAGGACUCGGGCUCCGAGCAUGUUCCUGUGGAGAGCGCUGACGUGGUUGCUCAGCAGCACGUCGCCUUGGUGACGCAACCGGAUGGGACACAACAGCAGGUUAGCAUCUCUGAAGCAGACUUACAAGCCAUGGGGGGUACCAUCACCAUGGUGACCCAAGAAGGGACAACCAUAACCAUCCCAGCCCACGAAUUGGCCACGCAGGGUGCUCAGGUGGCCAUAAUGACACCCGGCAUGACUUCAUUUGAAACAGUGGAGGAGACCACAUACAGCCAGCAGGAAGACCUUCACCCCGUCACCUUGUUGGCUACCUCCAAUGGUACUCAUAUUGCUGUACAGCUUAGCGAUCAGCCGUCAUUGGAAGAAGCCAUCCGGAUAGCCUCAAGAAUCCAGCAAGGCGAGUCACCUGGCCUGGACGAUUGAUAUCGGAUGGGAAAAGGAAUUAAGUUGGACUUUAAAAAAAAAAAAAAAAAAUCAAGCAAAAGUAGACUCACAAGUCUUCCUUCAAAGUUGUUUUUUUCUCCCUCCCACCGCCACUUGCAAACAUGCAAAUGAACAAUUUUUUUAAGUGUAAAUAGGAUUUUGAUAACUGGACUAUUUUGUCAACCAAACAGAUGAUGAGAUUUGUGGUGUGCUUUAUGAAUGAUCACCCACAGAGCAGGGUACAGCUAAUUCUAUUUCUAAUAA